UCGUCGCUUGGAAUAUCGGAAUGUCCGGAGUUAGGUGUCGACGUUGGGAUGCCUUCCGACGUAAAAUUCGCCAUCGAGACGGGUUUGCAACGACCGGUCGAAGCCGAGCGUGGCAAGUGCUGCGACGGCGUUCGUAAAAUAAGUUACGGAAAUGUGUGACGCCGGUUCGCUUUAUUUCCGACGUCGCGAGUGCGACGUUAAUAAUAAUACUUCGGUGUACGGAGGUACUUUCGAGGAAAAAUUUGGCAAGAUGUCGUCGCGGGGAACGAUAUUUUCGCUUUCGUCUGGCGCUUCAUUUGCAUAGACGGUUCGUCGAAGUCUUCGUGUUUGGUCGUUGCGGUAAGUCGCGCUACCGGCUGGGCUAGUUUCGUUUGGCACGCGACGACGGUCUUCUCUCUGUUUAACGAUUUGACGAGUUUGAAAAUCGGAGGCCCGGAAAGACCGCGGAAAUAGGCGAGACGGUCGCGAGCAAGCGCGGCAGAUACGAAAGAGGGAGGACGCCGAAAGGGACUAUUAAGCGGGCGGGCGGUCGGCGGAAUCCGUAGAGAAGACGAGAACCGUUUUUUGCAUUUCGUAAACGAUCGCUCCGAAACCAGUCUAGAAGCGAUACCGAAGAAGCGAGCAAGAGAAAAAAAAAGAGGAGAGGAAUAGCGUCGCGACGGCGGAAUGAAGCGCGCCAGAGUAGCCGAAUGGACGACGAUGACGAUUAUUUAUUCAUUAUAAAAUUAAGGAUAUUUACAAUGGGUUCUGAACAAUUUUAUGUGAAAUGGAAUAAUCAUCAGCCAAAUAUGAUUGCUGUGUUUGAUCAAUUGCUUACAAAUGAAACAUUUGUGGAUGUAACAUUAGCAUGUGAAGGUGUAAGACUAAAAGCUCACAAAAUUAUUCUUUCUGCUUGCAGUUCCUUUUUUCAGAAUUUAUUUUUGGAAAACCCAUGUAAGCAUCCAAUUGUAAUCAUGAAAGAUGUAAAAUACACAGAAUUGAAAACAGUAUUGGAUUUUGUAUAUAAAGGCGAAAUUAAAGUGACUCGAGAUCAGCUGACAGGACUCAUUAAAUUAGCAAAAUUACUGAAUAUAAAAGGCUUAGAAGAGGUUAAAGAUGAUGAACAACCUAUUUCAAAUAACGAAGCUCAAACAACUGCACCAAACUUGGUAUCAUCACAACAACAGCUGGUUUAUACAUUUCAGUAUGUUCCUUCGCCAUUUAUUCCAAUUCAGCCACGAUAUAAUAUGAUACUACCUGCUGUAGAAAAAAAUGAAAAAAGCAAUAAAGAAAAAAGUUCAUCAGAUACAAAUUCUCAUAAUUUAGAAUGUCAUAAUUCAAAAAUAAACGACUCAGGUAAUGAAAAAUCAACUAAGGAAUCUUCUGAAAUGAACACUGAUUUACAUAGAAAUAUUCUAGUAACUGAUGCAAAUAGUCAGAUUCAUGAUGAUGAUUCAUCUACCCCAUCAAUUACAUAUCCUGAUGUAUGUAUAAAAGAGGAAAAAGCUUCAGAUGAUGACAGCAAUUACAAUGAAUACACAAAUUUUACUGAUCAGAUUAGUAAAGACCCAAAUAAUACAGGAAUAAUUGAAAAUAAUUCCCGAGAUGAAAUACAAUCAUCUUUAAAUCAAUUGCAAACAAAUAUAUCAGAUAAACAAGCAAUAUCUACAAUAUCUUCCGUUAAUAAUGCAGCAGCAACAGUAGUAGAUACGUGUUUGGUAUUGUCUAAUAAAGCCAAACCAAAUUAUCUUAAAGAAUCAAUUCCAGAUGCAAAACGUGAUUUAGUAUGUUAUGAAUCAAUAAGUUCUGCAACUUGUACUUCAUCUGAAGAGAUGUGCGUAGAUAAUUCAAGAGCUAUUUCAUUAUCAAAUCCAAAUAAUUAUCAUUUGAAUAAAAGAAUAUUUGAAUUAACAGAUAAAGAAACACCAUUUGAAAUUAAAUCUAGUUUGACAUAUCAUGAAUCAAGAGGUUCUUCUAAUACAUCACAUGAAGAAAAUAGUGAAUAUUUGGAUAAUUCUACAGAUCAUUUCAUUUUACCUGGUCCAAGUAAUUAUUUGCUGAAUAAACAAUUUGAAUUAGGAGAUCAAGAUGAUCUGUCUGGAAUAGAUGAAAAUAAAACAUUAAUCUGUAGUAUAUGUAAUAAUAAAUUUAAUUCAAAAGAAGACUUAAAAAGACAUUUUCUAUUACAUCUAGAAGAGAACCCUUUUUGGUGUGAUAUAUGUCAGAAAAGAUUUCCACGAAAAAAUAGUCUAAAGAAACAUCUUAAAAUUCACAAUAGGAUACCUGCUCAAACUCAAACUAUAGAUAAAUCUUUUACCUGUGAAAUCUGUUUAAAGAUAUUUAAAAACAGAGGUAAUUUGAAAAGACAUCUUAUAGUUCAUACUGGAGAGAAACCAUUUGUGUGUGACAUCUGCAAGAAAAGGUUUACUCAAAGAGAAUCACUUAUUUGUCAUACACGAAUUCAUACUGGAGAGAAGCCUUUUGUGUGUGACAUUUGUCACGAAAGAUUCAGGUAUAGGAACUUAUAUAAGAGUCAUAGAUUAAGGCAUUUAAAUAAAUGCGUAUUAUUCACUUAUAUAUCAACAUUUAACAUGGGCACCCAACAGUUUUGUCUAAAAUGGAACAGUCAUCAAUCAAAUAUGGUAACUGUUCUUGAUCAGCUUCUGUCAAAUGAAGCUUUUGUGGAUGUUACUUUAGCAUGUGAAGGUUUCACUUUAAAGGCUCAUAAAAUCAUUCUUUCUGCCUGUAGUCCAUUUUUCCAAAAUUUGUUUCUAGAAAAUCCAUGUAAACAUCCCAUUGUUAUAAUGAAAGAUAUGAAAUUUACAGAGCUAAAAGCUGUAGUAGAUUUUAUCUAUAAAGGAGAAGUGAGUGUUUCACACCAUCAAUUAUCUGGAUUGUUAAAAACAGCAGAAAUUCUUAAUGUUAAAGGAUUGGCAGAAGUUGCAGAUGAAAAUAGAAAUAUUAUAAAUGGAAAGAAAACUCAAAAAGAUGUUUCGACGUCACAGUUCAUUAAUUCAAUACAUUCUACUCCUGAGGAAAAUGAUCAGCAUAACGUAACAUUUUCUUCAAUUAAUAAAAAGAAAAGAAGUAAAAUAAAAAGACGCUCUUCAGAUGAUUCUAAUGUUAUUAGUGAAAAUGAACAUUUAUCUUCUAAAAUGAGGCAAGAAUGUUCUACUGAAACCACUGAAGAAAUAUUACCUGAAACAAAUAUUAAUUCUCCAAAACCAAUUUCAGUUUCUAAUUCAACAGAAGAUCAAGUUCCUUUGUGCCAAUCUCAUAAUGACGAAACAUGUGAAAUGCAAACUUCUGUUUCAUCUACUAUUCCACAGCAGAAUUCCUACAUAAAUAUUAAAGAACCACAUCUGGAUUAUGUACAGAAUUAUGUUGAAUCUUCAAACCUUCUAGAGCAGAUAAUGGUAACUGAAAAUAAAACUUUAUAUCAGGAUGAUUCACUUCAGAAUUCAGUCGAAACUACAUCUACACCAAUGAAUAUAUCAACAAUAACAACGGGGACAAAUGGUCAUUCAUUUCAGAUAAACCCAUUAAAUGAGAAUGAAACUUUAGUAUCUUAUUCUUCAAUUUCUAACACUUCAACAACAAAAUGCAAUUCUAAUAUUCCAGAUAUCAAACCAAUAUUAAGAUUUGAUGAAUCUACAAAUUUUCCUGUUGCAUCAUAUAAGAAUAAAACUGUAUUCUCAGAAAUUUCCUCAUUACCUGGUCCAAGUAAUUAUUCAGGAAGUCUAAAAUCUGAAUUACUACAGAACAAAAGUGAUGAAGUGUGUAAAGACUCUGAAGGCAUAGAGAAGCAAUUUCUGUGUGGCAUUUGUAGAAAAGGAUUUAAAAAAUACAAUAAUUUGAAGACACAUCUGAGAACUCAUACAGGAGAGAAGCCCUUCAUGUGUGAUGUUUGCAAAAGAGGAUUUAGUCAAAAAAUUCAUUUAAAGAAACAUUUCAGAAUCCAUACAGGAGAAAAACCUUUUUGCUGUGAUAUUUGCUAUGAAAGGUUUUCAUUAAAAGGAAGUUUGAAAAUACAUCUUCGAAUUCAUACUGGAGAAAGACCUUUUACUUGCAGUUUUUGCAAACAGACCUUUGCUCACAGAAAUACACUGAAUUAUCAUUUAAAAACCCAUACCAAAGAAAGGCCUUAUGUUUGUCAUCUUUGUCAGAAAACAUUUCCUAUUAAUAGUCGCUUAAAAAGACAUAUGGAAAGCCACUUGAAAUAAUGAAUUGUUUUGAAUUGUUUAAACUGAUUUCAGAGAAAAUUACCAAAUAGU